CUUGCAGAUGAAAAAUGUAGUUUGUAAACGAUAGACACUGGCUGGCAGUGCUGAUGGUGUGAACGGUGUUAAUGAUGUUGAUGAUGUAGAAGACGUUAACGAUGUUGAAACAGAUGGUGAUGAACAGUCCCAAAGACUGAGAAUGAUGUCUACUGAAGAUUUGAAUGAUGAUGUUCUUGAGAAAAUAUUUCGAAAUCUGGAGUUUAAAGAUCUCCUAGCCGCAGAACUGUGCUGCAAACAGUGGAGAAGGGUGAUAUCUGAAAGAAGAUUGUUCAGACAACUGACAAGGAAGUUGUGCAAAAGGAAUAUCAGUUUCAAGUUUAGUCGAGUUUCAUAUAACAAGCACCUGAAGGAUGUUAGGAAACAGUCUCUCAAUCUAUACAAAGCACUUAGAAGAAAGAGAUGAUAGGAUAAAAGUCCCUAAGACCACUCUGAAGAAAAAGGAAAAAAUGAAACAGUCCUUUUAAAGUCUUCAUUGGGCAGUGUAUGCAAAAAGUAUAUGAAAGGGAACAGUUCCUUCACCAAUACAGACAGAGCAAUAAGGAGGAAAAGAUGACAGAACACGUGGUCCCUUUUCAGAUCACUAUAAUGUGGAGAUUGAGAAUAUGGUAGAACACACUACAUUUACCAUUUCAGAUCAUCAACAAGGCGGAGAAGAGGACAGAACACAGCCCAUUGCCCUGUUCAGAUCAUCACAAGGCGGAGAAGAGGACAGAACACAGCCCAUUUAUCUGUUCAGAUCAUCACAAGGCGGAGAAGAGGACAGAACACAGCCCAUUUAUCUGUUCAGAUCAUCACAAGGUGGAGAAGAGUACAGAACACAGCCCAUUUAUAUGUUCAGAUCAUCACAAGGCGGAGAAUAGAUAAAACACAGUCCAUUUACCUGUUCAGAUCAUCACAAGGCGGAGAUGAUGAGAGAACACAGUCCAGUUACCUGUUCAGAUUAUCAUCAAGGCGGAGAAUAUGAUUGGUUACCGUCCGUUUACCUGCUCAGAUCAGCAACAAGAUGGAGAAGAUGACAGAACACCGUCCUUUUACCUGUUCAUAUCAUCAACAAGGCGGAGAAUAUGAUUUACCUGUUCAGAUCAUCAACAAAGACGAGGAGAAGAUGACGGAACACAGCCCUUUUACCUGUUCAGAUCAUCAUGUCAACAAGGCAGAGAAGAUGAUAGAACACAGUUCAUUUACCUGUUCAGAUCAUCAACAAGGCGGAGAGGAUGAUAAAAUACAGUCCUUUUACCUGUUCAGAUUACUCAAAAGGCGGUGAUAAAUGAUAAUGUAAAAAAUUACUACGGAGCACUGAAAAGAAAAUAAUUGUGAACAGAUCUACACGGAGGGCAAACCCUUUGAGUAGAGUAUUGUUAAUCUUGAAUGCUUUCGAGGAUCAAUGCUUGUUCUGACGACCAAUGACCAUGUACGACAACCUUGGGAUAUCUAAGAUGGAUUUAAGUACCCCCCCUGGCUGCAGAUAAAAUGCUGCUGAGAUCAUGGCUUGAUCUCCAGAUUUAAAACACAAAAGUUCUAACACAUAGCACUUAAGAUGAAAGGAUUAGAAGACAUUUACUUUAUCUUUGCAAACCCGAACAUGCUCUUUGAAGUAUUUAAUUUGAUGACUAACUUAUCUUAACAAAAUACUUAAAUGUCCAUUAAACGGCAAAAGAAAGCAAGAAGAAACAUGGUCAUAUCAAUUAGUUUAGUAUAAAAACUUUAUUCUAGGCUUCCUUCAGAAUUGAAUUAAAGAUUUGGAUAGUAAUAUUUAAAAAGCUUUAGGUUGUAAUUAAUUUGUCACCCUUUUUGUUAUCCAUGCAUAAUGCAUAUUGCAUAUAUUGACCUUUGAGUUACUUACAGGGUGUCCUACGAAACAUGACAGUUGGUGAA